AUGGGCUACCGCAUAAGCUGUGAGGAGGGCGAGCCGGCGGCGGCGGCGGCGCUGGACGACGAUAACCUGCUGUCCGAGAUCCUCCUCCGCCUCCCGCCCCUCCCGUCCUCACUCCCCCGCGCCUCCGCCGUCUGCAGGCGCUGGCGCGGCCUCAUCUCCGACACAGCCUUCUCCCGCCGCUUCCGCCUCCACCACCGCCGCAACCCUCCCCUCCUCGGCUGCUUCCACACAGGUGCCGACGGCCCAUCCUUCGAGCCUACUCUGGAGGCCCCAGAUGGUGUUCCGCCCGGGCGUUUCUCCUUGCAGUCCGACCUCGUCGACCACUUCCGGGUCCUCGGGUGCCGCCAUGGCCUUGUGUUAAUCCUCGACCAGACGAGGCUCCAGUUGCUGGUAUGGGACCCCGUCACCGGCCACCAGCACCGCGUAUCCAUUCCCACGGGAUUCGAUCGGCUCAAGUUGGUCCACGGGACGGUGCUCCGCGCUGCUCCCGGGGACGUCCACUUCCAGAUCGUCUUGGUAGUUGGAGACCACGACGAGAUGCAACAUGGACGAGCGCUGGCCUGCGUUUACUCGUCCAAGACCGUGGCGUGGGGUAAUCCCAGAAGAACGAUAGUAUUCACCGCGUUACAUUGA